GUUCACGAACGAUUUCGGAAGCGACACGAAACGCGUUGGUAGACGGCGUGGGCGUUGGCGUUGGCGUUGGCGUUGGCGUUGGAGUAGGAGGAGGAGGAGAGAGGUUGAGACUCGCCGUGGAGCUGGAGCCUGGUCUUGGUCAGGUCAAUCGGGAACGUGGCAGUCUCAGCCACCAUGGCCGAGAGUGACGUCAGCAAGAUCUUAAUCCGGAAUCGGGUUUGGGUUUGGAUUCGGGUUUGACUUGCCUCCAUUUUGACUAUUUGCGAGAUCAAGCUUGGGCAGCUCUUGCAGAGUAACCAGUACAAAUAAAAAGUGGAAUAAGGAUUCGUUUUGGAACUAUAAAACGACAGACGACGUGCCGUUUUAAUGGCAGUGGCGGCAAAAGAAAAAGUUCUCAAAAAUGGAACCAAUAGUUCCACACCAAUUUCUCUCCACUUCUAAGCUCAAGCAGUAGCUUGGUUUUCAAAGAAAGGAGACAUUUUUCCUUCUGGGUCUAUUGUUGAUGGAGCCAUUAACUUCUUGUCCAGAUAUCAAUCUAGGGAUUUUGAUGAGUCUCGACGACGAUACAGUCCAAGAAAUCCUCCAAAGCUACGACGGUUUCUGCGCCGCCGCUAAAUCUCUCCUCAACGGCUCCAUCGGACACGACUUCGUCUCUCACGUUCACACUCUCUGCAAACAUGGCCUCCACUCUCUCGCUCGCGACUACUUCCUCAGAUCACUUGAGGAAGCUUUUGAGAAAAACGGAGCAUCGAGAUUUUGGCGCCAUUUUGAGGAUUACAGUAAAAUUGAAGAAGAUUUAGAGAAGAUUGAUGAGGAUGAGAUUCAACGACUGCUGUGUAAAGCUUUGAAAGAAAUAUGUUUAGAAAAAGAAAAUCAAGAGAAAUGUUUGUUAAUGUUUGUUCAUGCUUUACAAUCCUAUAUGGAGAAUUUAUCUGAUGGAAAGCACAAUUUUGAUGCGGAAAAAGUCUAUCUUUUUUCAAAAUAUCAGUUAAUUGUUUCCUCAAUUCUUAUGGCCAGUCUUCCUCGCCAUUUUCCCGAGGUACUCCAUUGGUACUUUAAGGGAAGGCUGGAGGAGUUAAGUACAAUAAUGGAUGGAGAAUUGAAUGAAGAAAAUGAUUGUCGAGAUAGAGAUGAGAUGGAUUUGGAUGAAAAGAGUAAGCACAGAAGUGGUGAAAUGGAUAUUGAUGAGUGCUAUCAUCAAGACAAGUUUCCGGAGAACAACAAGUUGGUGAGGAGCAUUGGGAAGGUUGUUCGUGAUCUUAGAAAUCUUGGUUUCACAUCCAUGACCGAAGAUGCCUAUGCUACUGCUAUCUUCUUGCUUCUCAAGGCUAAAGUACAUAAUCUGGCUGGUGAUGAUUACCGGAGUUCUGUUUUGGAUUCCAUUAAGGAGUGGAUACAGGCUGUUCCUCUGCAAUUCUUGAAUGCAUUGCUUGCCUAUCUUGGUGAUUCUAUUAGUUUUGACCAGCAUUCAUCUGGUCUCAAAUCACCUCUGGCUUCACAGCCAUCUUCAUGCUGUCCUGGAACAAAUACUCCAUCAGAAGGACUCAUUAGAUGGAAAUUGCGGCUAGAGUAUUUUGCUUAUGAAACAUUGCAAGAUUUAAGGAUAGCCAAACUCUUUGAGAUAAUUGUGGACUAUCCUGAGAGCUCUCCUGCAAUUGAAGACUUAAAACAGUGUCUUGAAUAUACCGGACAGCAUUCUAAGCUGGUUGAAUCCUUUAUUUCUGCACUAAGAUACCGCUUACUUACCGCGGGUGCCUCAACCAAUGACAUAUUACAUCAAUAUGUUUCAACUAUCAAAGCACUCCGGACCAUAGAUCCAGCUGGUGUUUUUCUUGAAGCGGUUGGUGAACCAAUAAGGGACUACUUGAAAGGAAGAAAAGAUACCAUAAAGUGCAUUGUGACCAUGCUAACAGAUGGCAGUAGUGGCAAUCCAAAUGGAUCUGGAAACAGUGGGGAUAGCCUUCUUGAGGAAUUAAAUAGAGAUGAAGAUAAUCAAGAAAAUGUCGGAGUUGAUGAUGAUUUUAACACAGAUGACAAGCAAGCCUGGAUUGAUGUGCAACGCUGGGAGCCUGACCCUGUUGAGGCAGACCCAUCAAAAGGUAGCCGAAACAGACGGAAGGUUGACAUACUUGGAAUGGUAGUUGGCAUAAUUGGUUCAAAAGACCAGCUUGUUAAUGAAUAUCGUAUUAUGCUUGCUGAAAAACUUCUGAACAAAUCUGAUUAUGACAUUGACUCAGAGAUACGUACUCUAGAACUCCUCAAGAUACAUUUUGGAGAGAGUAGCAUGCAGAAAUGUGAAAUUAUGCUCAAUGAUCUGAUUGAUUCCAAGAGGACAAAUACCAACAUUAAAGCAACAAUUAAUAAGCAAUCUCAAAUAGGUGCAGAUGCAGAGUCAGCAGAGACUGGGAUUUCUUUGGAUAAUCUUGAUGCUACAAUCAUAUCUUCAAAUUUCUGGCCCCCAAUCCAGGAGGAGGCCCUUAUCAUUCCUUACCCCGUUGACCAGCUGCUCUCUGAGUAUGCAAGAAGGUUUCAUGAAAUCAAGACUCCUCGAAAGCUACUGUGGAAGAAAAAUCUUGGAACAGUCAAGUUAGAGUUGCAAUUUGAGGAUAAGGCAAUGCAAUUCACGGUAGCUCCUGUACAUGCAGCAAUAAUAAUGCAAUUUCAAGACCAAAUGAGUUGGACCUCUAAGAAUCUUGCUGCUGCUACCGGGAUCCCAGUUGAUGUGCUGUAUCGGAGGAUAAGCUUUUGGAUAAGUAAGGGAGUUCUCACUGAAUCACUAGGGACAGAUCCUAGCAACCAUGUAUUUACCCUAGUGGAUGGCAUGGUAGAUACUAGUAAGAGCGGUGGUAAUAGUGGAAAUUGUGAGGAGCUUCUAGCGGGUGAUGAGGAGCCAGAGAGAUCUGUGGCUUCCAUUGAGGAUCAACUACGUAAAGAAAUGACUGUGUAUGAGAAAUUCAUCAUGGGUAUGCUCACAAAUUUUGGCAGCAUGGCAUUAGAUCGAAUUCAUAAUACUCUUAAGAUGUUCUGUGUGGCCGACCCUCCCUAUGAUAAAUCACUUCAACAACUGCAAAGCUUCUUAUCAGGUCUAGUUUCUGAAGAGAAAUUAGAGCUCAGAGAUGGAAUGUACUUUUUGAAGAAGUAAUUAGCCGAGAUAAUCAUCUGCCAUUUACUAUAAAGCAUUUAACAAAUAGCACCGGUGAACAGCAAGAAUUUGCUAAAAUUUACAGAGAUUUAGUCAUCAGCGUUCAUCAUUAUAUGAAAUAUCUUUUUAAGGAUAUAUUUGGUCUCCUUAUCAUUUACAACUUUUGCUGGUCUCUCUUGUCAACCUUAUCCUGUUCUGGAAUCAACAUGCUUCUGACAAGCUUUCGGCAAGAUAAGCUGGAAGAAAUUUUGGGUUGAUCUCAAGAAGUUUGUUCAAAUCACGCAAAUGAUACUCUUAAUGCUGCAGAAGCAACAGGUUCCACGGUUGAACUCUCGAGGUUGGAACCUUGGUUUGAGGGGCCAGAAACUACCGUUUGUAGAGGACUAAUUGAGGCUGAGGGGCCAAUUUUAUUAUUAAGGUAUCUGUUUAUUACUGCUCCGACUCCCAUAUGAAGCAAAUUUGUUGUGAUUAUGUAAAUAUUCGAUCUAUUAUCUUUCUGAGUGUUUCCAGUACCACCAGCAGUUCCUUCAAUACACUGAUUCUUUCUUCA